AUGGAUUCCCCAGCAAAAAAGCGGAAGACUAGCGACACUACAGGCAUUUCGGUGGCACCGGAGCUUCCUAAAAAUGACCCCCAUCGGUCAAGAAGACCCUCCUUUCAGUCUCCAACGAGGGCCAGUCUCGCCCGAUCACAUCCCGAUGUAUUAGAGCGCGCAAUCAGCAGAUCGCCUGCCCGACGACCAGCAAGCAAGGACAGCGGGAAGCAAGAUCCUCGGAAAUUUGGAUUGCGCGAUCGCAAAGCGCUCCGACCCUCGCUCAAUGCCUCAGCAAGUCCCCUCACUCGACCUCGGGGCUCCGAAGCGCCCGAAAGUUCCCCCAACAGACGCUCAAGUGGCGUCCAAGCGUUUUCAAAACCCCCGCGCAGAAUUUCAAGAAGGAUUCUCCCGGGAGAUUUCGUGUUUGGGUCCCCAAUGCCACAGCCGAAAAACCCCGACUCGAAUACACCCGAGCGUCAGUUGGAAUUGGAACUGGGCAGCGCCACAAGAGAAGCAGAGAUGGAUAUGGGUCCGGACCCUGGUCUUAUGGAUGAAGAUAUCCUCGAACCUGAUCUUCCACCCACGCCAACUCAACUCGGUUUGGAGAAGGCCCCGCAUCGGCCCAGGGGGAUGUUGAGUAGCAGCCCUAGUAGGCGACAGGAGAAACGACGGACUGCCAAUGCAUUGCACGACAGCCCGUUGAAAGCAGUGGACUUCCAAUCCCCUCCACCUGAAUAUUUGGAGGCAGUUUCAGACCUGGGUGCAGUUUCAGCGGCCGUUCGCGAGAAACGCAGUUCACGCGAGAAGAGCGCUGCGGAGCUGCGACGGCUAAAAAACGAAGUUAAAGAACUGGAAACAUGGGCAAAGAAAAUUGAGUCUAAUCCUGACUUGAAAGGCGACAACCGAGGACUCGACAGAUUCCUAUCUUUGCUCACAUCGGAAGAGGCGAAUCGUACAAGUCUCCCAGUGCCCCAAACAGCUCCCAAAUCAAUAUCAUCACUCUUAUCCACUUUACUCCCGUUCUCUGCCAAACUAUCUCGCCCAAAACGUGAAUCAUCACCGCUGCCAACAAAUCCAUUUGCCCUGCAAGAAGCCUCUCAAUCACUGCCAUACCUAACAGCAUUCGCACCCUUGACCCUCAAAACCCGCACAAUUUGGGCGUCACGUAGGGAGGAGCCGUUAGAGACACACACAUUGACAUUUUCUCCUCCAUCUCCAUUCCCUGCCAGUUUAUACAACGUGACUGUUGUCUAUGAGACAAAUCCGGAGACCCAGUCCGUGACCUCUCUAUCAGUGCCUACUGGCAGCGACAGCAAGAAAAGAAAAGUCCCCGAAGCUCUCCGUCGAUGGAUUGAUACUCGCUUAGAGAACCCUCUCUUGAAACUUGACGUGGCAACUCUAUGCUGGGGAAUUAACCGGUACUGGGAAUCUGCAAUCGCUCGCGCACGUUUGUGGGCACACAUCGACCAGAAAUACGGCCCUCGGGCUUCACAGGGCAGAAAGAAUACUGUCUUGGAAAGCAAGCACGGCGUUAUCACACUUUCUGAACUGCGACGAUUGGUCCCGCAUUUAGAUCGGAAUGCCAUGGUCAUCAAACCUAAUUCUGACGCUAGCCCCCGAGUGCUCUUGUCAAAUACUUUGGUGUUGGAUGAAUGGACCGGAGAACCUCAGCUGCGGCCUGAGAUUAGCGUGUCGAUCCCUGGGGUAGAUAAGAAAAUCGAUCAGGAGACAAAGAAGCUUUUCCAAGCGCUGCUACGGGAAGAUGGAUUGGGCAUGCGAGGUGUGGAGGGUAGUAUCCAUGUUGAUGUGGUGCUAAGGGCGACUGAAGGUGCUCUUGGUGCUUUGUUUGGUCUUUGA